CGCACACCUGUCACUAAUCAGUAAUCACACCCAGGAUUUAAGCACCACCUCAGCCAGCAGUCAGAUGCCAGAUUGUCGAGUCAUUGCACUACUUUCCAGCGUUCUAGUUUUUGUUCUCUCAUGUUGUUGAUCUUGCCUGCUCUGACCGCCGAUUCCUGCCUGACCCUUCUCUGUACCUGCGCUUGGAUUGUGACAUUUGCCCGACCGCCUGACCAGUUUUCAAGCACUAUGAGCAAAAUGGAAAGAAACACGACCUUCACAGGUGAUAUCCUACAGGUCCAAGGUUUUGACAUAUCUCCUAAGUUCACAUACCCUGUGUUUGUCCUCCUGCUGCUGCUUUACUGUUCCCUGCUCUGUUCCAACAUUGGACUACUUGUACUGAUCAUCUUAGAGAAGAGUUUGCACCAGCCGAUGUACUUUCUGUUCUGCAACCUGUCGGUCAAUGAUGUGAUUGGCAACACUGUGGUGCUGCCUCAGCUGAUGGUCCACCUUAUUUCAACACAACGCUUGAUUACCUACAACCAGUGUGUGGUACAGGCAUUUUACAGCCACACCUUUGGUUCUGCUUCACACUUGAUCCUCAUCAUUAUGGCGAUAGACAGAUAUGUGGCCAUAUGUCACCCCUUAAAGUACAGCGCUAUCAUGACCAGCAGAACAGUGGUCAGGCUGUCAGUAAGCGCAUGGGGAGCAUCGCUAGUGCUCGUGUCGGUCUUGAUUGGUCUGACAGUGAGGCUGUCACGCUGCAGGUCAGUUAUACAGAAUGCUUAUUGUGACAACCCGUCACUGUUUAAGCUUUCCUGUGAGGAUGUGUCCAUUAACAAUGUCUAUGGGCUCUUUUUUACUGUGUUGCUGUUUACCUGCUCCAUAGGAAGCAUAGCUGUCACUUACAUUCGAAUAGCUCUCAUCUGCUGGAUGAAGAAAAGCCAAGAGCUGAAUAACAAAGCAAUGCAAACCUGUGCGAGUCACCUCGUUGUGUACCUCAUCAUGCUCUGGUCGGGUUGUAUAACUAUCAUUUUGCACCGGUUCCCAGAAUACCCAGAGUUGAGAAAGAUGUCUUAUAUUUUAUUCCACGUUGUCCCAGCUAAUUUAAAUCCGAUCAUUUAUGGAAUGCAGACAAGAUUAUUAAGGGAUAAACUAGUCCAGAUACUGCAAAGAAAAGUGGUUCCAGCCUGACGCCUGCUGUACUGUGGUCACACAGAUGUGUAUUAAACCCUGUGCAUAUCUGAAACAUAAAUGUUUUCUCUUCUGCUCACUCAUGUAUUUCUAUUAUAUUUGUGAAAAAUGUGUUUUCAUAGUUGCCAAAGAUUUUAAAAAUUCUUUAGUUUUUAAAAUUGUUUGUUGCAAAUGAGUAAUUUUUUUGAAGCUCUACAGAAACUUCUAAGUUAUGACUACCAGAAAUCCAGCAACGGUCAUAUUGAGUUCUUUCGCUGUUUAAGUUUUUACUAUUAGAACAUUUUUAAAAAUCUCAAAGAUUUCAGUUUCCAAAACAUUCCGUGCAAUAAUUCAUACAGUGGUCUGCACAGUGAGGGGUGUAAAGUAUGGUAAAAGUCUAUAUUACAACAUAGGCUCAUUAAACACGAUAAGAAGAGAAUGUUUA